AGCACUCAUGCAACCGAGUUCGAGAACUUCUGUUUAAACACUCUUCUAUAUUCCUAGUACUUUGAACUGAUAUUGAAAUAAACAACAAUGGCCAAUUCCAUGAGCUUUUUCCUGCUUCUUUCUUUACUAGCUUUUGCUCCCUUGUGCCUCUGUCACUAUAACCAAGAGGGUUACCUCUACCCUCAGUUUUAUGACUAUUCAUGCCCACAAGUUCAGCAUAUUGUCAAGUCUGUCCUUGCCAAGUAUGUUGCAGAGCAACCUCGAUUGGCGGCUUCAAUUCUCAGGCUUCAUUUCCAUGAUUGUUUUGUCAAGGGUUGUGAUGCUUCAUUGUUGUUAGAUAGCAGUGUAAACAUCAUCAGUGAGAAGGGAUCAAAUCCCAACCGUAAUUCAGCUAGAGGAUUUGAAGUCGUUGAUGCAAUUAAAGCCGAAUUAGAGAGAAAAUGCCCUUCUACUGUGUCUUGUGCUGACAUCUUGACUCUAGCUGCAAGAGAUUCAGUUGUUCUUACUGGUGGACCAAGCUGGGAAGUACCCUUAGGCAGAAGGGACUCACUAGGUGCAAGCAUAAGUGGCUCCAACAACAACAUCCCAGCCCCAAACAACACAUUCCAGACCAUUCUAACUAAAUUCAACCUUCAGGGGCUUGAUCUUGUUGAUCUAGUUGCUCUAUCAGGGGGGCACACUAUAGGAAAUGCCAGGUGCACCACCUUCAAGCAAAGACUCUAUAACCAAAGUGGCAAUGGCGAGCCAGAUUCUACUCUUGACCAAUACUAUGCUGCUACAUUGCGUAAUAGGUGUCCAAGCUCUGGGGGUGACCAGAAUCUGUUCUUCCUAGACUAUGCCACCCCAUACAAAUUUGACAACAGCUACUUCACGAACCUUUUGGCUUACAAGGGUCUCUUGAGUUCUGAUCAAGUCCUCUUCACAAUGAACCAAGAAUCAGCUGAACUAGUGAAGUUGUAUGCUGAAAGAAACGACAUUUUCUUUGAGCAAUUCGCCAAGUCCAUGAUCAAGAUGGGAAACAUAUCUCCUUUGACGAAUUCAAAGGGAGAGAUAAGAGAGAAUUGCAGGAGGAUUAACGCUUGAAGAAGCAAUAAUCAUUGCCAUAUUAAUAUUUUAUACACCAAGUCAUGUGACCACAUUUUAUUUUUGUUUCUUUUGUUUGUGCCCCAAAUAAUAAAAGGCUGAGUUCAUCAUAAAGCCAUUGCCACUUGCCAGUUUGUCCAGUGGAAGCAUUUAGGCUUUAGAUAACACUUUUGUCUGUGUCAUGAAAUUUGUGUAUUCCCAUUUAUUUAUAAAGAAAUGAUUAUUUGUUUGUACUCUUCUGUUUGAGAAGCCAAAUCAAACUACCACGUUAUAAUCA